AGCUUCAAUAGUUUUAAUGGUAUUUUUGUCUCUUGCAUAAAGUGCUUUUUAAACUCUUUAGUUUUAGGUAGUACUGGUCCCGACAUACUGCUGGGCGACAUCAUCGCGGACGUCGAGACUCUAAGGUUUAUAACACAAGACCCCAACGCCCGCAAUGCCAUCACAUACCCGCACGGACUUUGGCCAAGCAAUACCGUGCCUUAUCUCGUAGAUAGAAGCAUUGGACAAGCUGGCGUCAAAGCGAUCAAUGAAGCCAUAGCAGAUUAUCACAAGCUGACAUGUUUAAAGUUUGUUCGAAGGACCACUCAAAAAAACUACAUCAGGUUCACUGAUGGCGACGGGUGCUCUUCAUCUGUGGGUCGCACAGCACGUGGCGAGCAGAAGGUAAAUCUUCACCAAUACUGCUGGUACAAGGGGAUUGUCAUCCACGAAAUAGCCCACGCUAUCGGUUUCUUCCACGAGCAGUCACGCACUGACAGAGAUAGCUACGUCAAUAUCCUAUACCAAAACAUUGAAGUGGGUAAGAUACCAGGAGCUUUGCAUGUUCCCUUCAACAGCAUAACUCCUUAUAGGAGCUCAGUUACGAUUUGCACAUUUUGA